GAGCUAAUCACAUUUCUUUCACUUGGAAAGAUCAUAAGUAACAGCUGCGACUAACAUAUAUUUUCACCACAAUGGUUUUCGGUCUUCAUACCCUCUCCCUGAACCGUGUUGCUGCCCUCCACCAACUUCCUUCAAUAUCAUCACCCAAUAGCCACAGGGUAAUAAAUCGCCGGCUUAGCAUGGUGGUCCGCAGUACUACGGCGGACCACAGACGGUCGGCCAAUUACAAGCCAACAACAUGGAGUUACGAGUUUCUCCAGUCCAUCAAGGUCAAUGACAUCAACGAGAAUCAACGGUACAAAGACAAGGCAGUGAUGUUAGAGAGGGAGGUCAGAAUGGUUCUGGAGAGUUACAUAAUGGAGGAGCAAAAUUCGUUACGUGUACUGGAACUGAUCGAUGAUAUCCAGAGAUUGGGCUUGGCCCAUCGGUUCGAGAAUGAUGUUAAAAAAGCUCUGGGUAAAUUCAUCCCUAUUGAAGGUUGUAACACCAUGAGUUGUAAUAUGUCCCUCCACGAGGUUGCUCUUGGUUUCAGAGUUCUUAGACAAAAUGGUUACUUCGUCUCGCAAGAUGUGUUCAAGGAUUUGGUGAGUGACAAGAAUAAUGAAGCCCUCUUGAAGGGAUGCGGCCAUGAGGAUGUGAGAUACAUGCUGAGUCUAAGAAUGGUGAUGCUAGAAGCAAGAUGGUACAUUGAAGCAUAUAAGAAGAAAGAAAGAGCAAACAUGGCGUUGCUUGAACUAGCCAAGCUAGAGUUCAACAUGGCUCAAUCAGUACUCCAAGGUUACCUUAAGGUCACAUCAAGGUGGGACAUCGAUGUUGUAUCAAGCAUGCCGAAGUACAUGAAGUUAUGUUUCUUAGCUUUCUAUAAUACCAUAAACGAGAUGGGCUAUGAAGCUCUCAAGAAGUAUGGACACAACACCAUCUCUUACCUCACUAAAGCAUGGGUUGAUAUGUUGAAGGCAUUCCUCAAAGAAGCAAAGUGGAGCUCCAAAGAGUGCAACCCACCAACAUUUUCCGAAUACAUGGAAAAUGCAUGGAAAUCUGUUUUAGGAGCUGUCAUUCUGAUUCAUACAUAUUGUCUUUUGGAUGAUGAUAUCAAUUUCUCAAAGGAGGCACUGUGCCACUUGAUGAAAUCGAACGAAAUUCUUCGCUGGCCAUCUAUCAUUUUUCGUUUAUGCAACGAUCUAGCAACUUCAUCGGAGGAGAUGGCACGAGGUGAAACAGUGAAUGAAAUCUCAUGCUAUAUGAAUGAAACCGGAGUCAGCGAGGAGCAUGCCAGGGAGCACAUGAAAUCCUUGAUUGAUGAAGCAUGGAAGAAUAUGAACUAAGAGUUACUAUUAAUUACAAAACAUGAGUAUGCGUCAACAAAUGAUCAUGUGUUUUCUAAAUCAUUUCUUCAAUAGGUGAUUAAUCUUGCGAGGAUCUCUCACUAUACUUAUCAGACUGGAGACAACCAUGGUGCUCCGAAUGCUGGAUCCAAGAAGAGAGUCAUAUCCCUUCUCAUUGACCCUAUAAAAAAUUAAACGUGAUUAAGCUUAUUGUAUUCUCCCUCCUCAUGGAAACUAUGAUUACUUCCACUAAAUGGGUAACAUUAUUUCGUACUCGGUAUGAGCUACACUCCAGGAGGAACAUAUGGAGCAUUAAAUGGAAUCCUUAGCCAUACAAUAAAGAUACUGGUUUCCAAUGAAUUUCAUCAUUUUUUGCAUUAAAUUUUCACUUUUUAUUUACUGUCACAUGAACUCAACUACAUAUGUAUUGUAUUAAGGAUAAAUAGUCUUAUCCGUUUGUGUUUAGUAUUCUUUGUAUCUCAAUUAUUCUAACUCAUUCUCCUUGUUCUAUACUCUACUUCUCAUGUACUCCUUGGGUUAUAAAUACUCCUUAUUGCUUAAUGAUAAUACACACAAUUCAUACAAA